AUGCUGCACGCCGAGCUGCAGGAGGAGGAAGAGUUUCAAGAAGCGGACAUCCUAUGGCCAGACGCAGCAGAUUUCAAGGACUCACCCCGGUUGUAUUUCUCUCAAAUCGGCAUCGACGACGACGGCGACAGCAGCAGCAGCGAGCACCAGGCUCCGUUGAAGCUGCAAGUCCGACAGAAAGCUUCUUCCCCCAUUGACAUCCCCAGCCGGAAGAAGGUCGUCGACGGUGCCACUGCUGCGAGAGGCACCGAUCGAGCACCGGCCGGAUCGAGUAAGUUUAGCGCGAGCCACGCCGGCGGCGUCGGUGCCGGUAGCGCCGUCAUCGGCAGCCAUGUCUUCAUACCGCCGCAUGUCAUCGUCGAUCGCAGGGACAAGCGGGACAAAGCGAUGAUGAUGCUCAUCGUGCCCAGCGGGAGGGCCAGGGCGAGGAAGAUGCGCGAGUAG